CAGUGAACAAUUUUGAUAUUCCCAUCAACGAUUCGGAGGGACCAGAAGGUUUGGAAUAAGUUCAUUUUUUUGUAUGCUGCUCAAUGCAAACUGGUAUAUUGGUGUGUUAAAAAAAUUGCAGUGAUACAGAAAAGACACAAUGACUGACAACAAAAGAGAUUUUGGGUCGUUCCACGCAUCAAAUGUUCAAGGCACAAUUAGUUUAUCAGAGGAAGAAUACAGUCCUCCAAGAAUACCUAUAGAUUUACCAGUAUUCAAGGAUACAGAGAAUGAUGAAUUUCAGUUUGGUAGAAAGUGCAAAAAAAGUCACUUCUACUUAGAGGACAACUGUACUUUUAUAAACCAUGGAGCUUUUGGAGGUGUUCUCAAACAAGCCAUGGAAGCAGCACAGAAGUGGCAGGUUUACACAGAAAGACAACCAUUGAGAUUCUUUGACAGAGAAUUGAUUCCACAUCUGGUAUAUAUCAGUAGACGGUUAGCUAAAUUUGUAGGUUGUGACCCUAGUGACCUUGUUCUGGUUACCAAUGCAACAACUGCCAUUAACACUGUAGUGAAAGGAACCAGUCUACAAAAAGGAGAUACCGUUUUUAUGUUAAGCACAACAUAUGGUGCAGUUAAAAAACUUCUCAAAUGGCAGUGUGAACUUACUGGUGCUGUUUUACAAGAGGAAACAGUCACAUUACCUGUAACAGGUAACCAGCAGAUUGUUGAUAUUGUGAGGAAAAGUUUGAAGAAAGGAACAAAAUUGGCAGUGUUUGACCACAUUCCAAGUAAUACACCAUUUAUAUUGCCUAUCAAAGAACUUGUGGAUAUCUGUCGAGAAAAAAAUAUACCUGUGUUGAUAGAUGGAGCCCAUGGUCUAGGGGCUUUAGACCUGGACCUGAAGAUGUUGGAUCCAGACUACUACAUCAGUAAUGCACAUAAAUGGUUCUGUGCGCCAAAAGGAUGUGCAUUUAUGUAUGUGAAGAAAGAUCUGCAGUCUAAGACACGCCCACUUAUAAUAUCACAUGGUUUUGGUUCUGGGUUCAAUUCAGAAUUUAUUUGGGCAGGACUACAUGAUUACAGUCCUUUCCUUGCUCUUCAUACUGUUAUAGACUUUUGGGAUUCGGUUGGACCAUCAAAGAUUCGACAAUAUAUGUAUGGCUUAUGUAAGAAAGCAUGCUAUUUAUUACUGAAGAAAUGGGGUACAAGUUUAGCAGCCCCAGAAGAAAUGUUUGGUUGUAUGGCUUUAGUGGAAAUACCACCAGAUGUCUAUAGAAAUACUACUAAGAUUGAAUACAGUAAUGCAGAGUCUCUACAAAACCAACUUUAUCACCAGUUUAACAUAGAGGUACCGAUAAAGUGUGUUGAUGGUGUUUUGUAUGUGAGGAUUUCUUGUCAUAUCUAUAACGAUCUCACUGAUUAUGACAAACUUGGUGAAGCAGUGUUACGUAUCAAAAAUGGACAAAGUGAUUCUAAAAAACAGAAGCUUAUUUGUGAAUAGUCUUUCUAAUAAAGAU